CGAAGUUUGUCCUUCUAAACCUUGAAGGUUCUUGUAGGUUUUGCUCCAAUGGUGGAUUCGAUUUUCUCUCUGUGAAAAAGAAAACUCCCAUAUCGAUCGACUCGCUGUCUGUGUAAUUUAUCCCUCUCUUGUUGGAUAUGGAAUCUGUUCGUGAAUCCGUACCGGCAUCUGUGCCACCGGCGGUGAAUUCUGUGCCGCCGUUUCUGAGCAAAACCUACGACAUGGUCGAUGACCCGUCGACCAACGAGGUGGUCUCGUGGAGCAGCGGAAACAACAGCUUCGUUGUCCGGAACGUGCCGGAGUUCACGAAGGAGCUCCUCCCCAAGUAUUUCAAGCACAACAAUUUCUCCAGUUUCGUCAGACAGUUGAACACUUACGGAUUCAGGAAAGUUGACCCAGAUUGCUGGGAAUUUGCAAAUGAGGGCUUUCUGAAAGGCCAAAAACAACUAUUGAAGAGUAUAGUGAGGCGAAAACCUGCUCAUGUCCACAAUCAACAACAACCUCAAGUUCAAAACUCGUCUGUUGGCGCAUGUGUUGAGGUGGGGAAGUUUGGACUUGAAGAAGAAGUGGACAGGCUUAAGCGGGAUAAGAACGUCCUGAUGCAAGAACUUGUAAGGUUAAGGCAACAACAACAAGCUACUGAGCACCAACUGCAAAAUGUGGGGCAGAAAGUCCAGACAAUGGAGCAGAGACAACAACAGAUGAUGUCAUUUCUGGCAAAGGCUGUGCAGAGUCCAGUUUUCCUAAAUCAGUUAGUGCAGCAGCAGAGUGACGGCAACAGAUGCAUAGGUGGAAGCAACAAAAAGAGGAGACUUCCUGGAGAAGAUCAGGAGAUCUCUAGUAGCCAUGGGGCUAAUGGUCUUAACGGGCAGAUGGUUAAGUACCAACCGUCAAUGAACGAAGCGGGAAAGGCUAUGCUCCAGCAGAUAUUAAAGAUGAGUAGCGCACCUAAGUAUGAUCCCUUCACAAACAAUGCUGGAAGCUUUCUUUUGGAUGAUAUCCCAAGUCCAAAUGCUCUAGACAAUGGCUCCUCGAAUAGGGUGUCUGAGGUGACAUUAGCUGAGGUUUCGCCAAACCCUAGUUUUUCGUGCCUGUCUUCAGCUCCCACUACAAAUUUGCAAGAGCCUUGUAAAACGGACGAAGUACCCAAGACAAAUACAUCUCCUCAGUCACGAGCUGAAACGGUUCAGCCAAAAUUAGCACAAAAGCAAAGGGGGGCAGCUGAGGAGAGCCCAGAUUCUGAUCUAGUAAGAUCAUGUGGGGUUGAUAAUGGAGAGUCCAAUCUGGAUCCGAUCACAGCUGUUUUGGAUGGAUUUAUGGAACUAGAAGGCGAUGUGGACGACAUGGAUGAGUUUCUGGAUGGGGUUCCUAAACUGCCAGUGGUUCACGAUUCUUUCUGGGAACAGUUCUUUGCUGCGAGCCCGGUGACUGGGGACACGGAUGAGAUCAUUUCAGGAGCAAUGGAAAGCAUCUGGGUAAUGGAACAAGAAUCACAACCGGACCAGAGGAAUGGUGGUAAGAAUCAGCAGAUGGACAAUCUUACUGAGCAGAUGGGACUUCUUAGAUCAGAAGCCCAAAGGAAAUGACGUCUCAGUCCGUCCGUCUUAUCUUUUGUGACUCUGAGCAUGAUUCUGUUGCUAAGUUGACAAGUUAUCUUCCCCGUUCCAUCAAAAUCCACCACGUAAUAGAGAAAUGAGAAAACCUAAGUAGGAAACAGCCUGUUCCCUUGUCGGCAAAGGAGUAGGAAACUUUCCCGUGAAUUCCCGCUAGGUAUCCCUACCCUACCCUUCUCGUGAACAAACGCUGAACCAUCUGGAGUUUGCCUCGGAGCUCGUUGCUUUCGAAUGCGGUAGUUUCCUGACCGUUGGUUUUUGAGAGAAUCUGUGUUUUUUUUUUUGUGUUGUGGUGAUGA